AUGUCAGACAAACCAAAUAUCCCUGCACCUAAUUCAUUGGUCAAAUAUGCAAGUGCCACUUUGGUUUCUACUUCUGGCAAGCCCAUUAAAGAUAAAAAGAAAGGAAGAGAUGCUGCUCCUUAGUCAAUUACUAAUGCAUAAACAGAGGAUAUAUUGAAUUCAAUUCUUCCUCCAAGAGUAUCUAUUUUAUGUGCUAAAUUAGGAAUACACAAUGGAGAAAUAACAAUUAUGGAUUCAAUGUGUUUCUUCCACUCCUGCGAAAAGAGUAAUUCGAUUUUAUAUUCAAAAUAGGAAGAUGUUAUUCUGCUUUAAGAAAAUUUAGAUAAAAAAUUGCAAUAAAGAUAAGCCAGAGAAACUGGUAUAUGUCCUAUUCGAGAGGAAUUAUAUGCUUAAUGUUUUGAUGAACUUAUCAGACAAGUAUUAUAUGUAAGUUACAAUUAGAUUACAAUUAAUUGUGCUGAAAGAGGACUUCUCUUAGUUAGAGUCAGGGAUGAAAUUAGACAGACAAUUCAAGCUUAUUAAACUUUGUAUGAGAGUUCUAUUGCUUUUGGAAUGAGAAAGGCCUUACAAGCAGAAUAAAGAAAAGUAAAUUAUUAACAAAAUGAUUAGACUGAUUAUAACAAUAAAAUAAAGCAAUUAGAAACUGAAUGUCAAGAUUUGUCGAAGCAGGUUGAAAAAAUAGAGAGCACGAUUGAAGACAUGCAAAGAUAAGAUCAAGAACAAUAAGAACAUGAAGAAGCCAAACAUAGAGAUCAAGUCAAUUUCUUAAAAAAUGCAAAUAAAGUAUACAAAGAAGAAUUAGAGAAAUUCCUUACAGGUGCUAAUGUUAAAAAAUGA